AUGAAGCUAACGGUCAAGACUCUUACUGGUAAGGAGGUUGAAGUAGUGGUGGACCCACAAGACAAAGUUUCCCGCAUCAAAGAAUAUUUAGAGGAAAAAGAGGGCAUUCCUCCAUCACAGCAGAGACUCAUUUUCCAGGGCAAACAAAUUGAUGAUGAAAUGACGGUAUCGGCCUCCAAUUUGACUUCUGGGAUGCAAUUGCACCUUGUUUUAACACUGCGAGGCGGAUUCUGA